UUGUCCUGGAUAUGAUGGCGCCGCACUCUGCAAUCGUAAUGUAUGCACUACUCAUCCUCUCGACGAUGUUCCUUGGAGGAACAGUGGGUGAGAAUGUGACUUCGACUCUUGAUGCAACUACCACAGAUGUAUCAUUUAGCAGCAUCGGUCCAUUAGAAGAUACACAGACCACACUGUAUCCUACACCAGGUGAUGUCUCUGAAACUGUGACCUUCAAUACCUCAGGUUCCAGUAUUGGUUCCACGGAGGAAAUAGAGGUCACGACUAUGGGUACUGACCGUUUGUCCUGGGCACCAGUGGUUUGGACAUGGAACAUGGUCCUUCAGUUAGUCCUGGGAAUCUUGGGAAUCAUCGGAAACCUUCUGGUGAUAAUCGUCUUGUUUAAACGAAGGUCUGUCAGUAGAUCUACGGACACUCUAAUCGGAGCUCUGGCCUUUGCUGAUUUACUGACCUCCGUGCUGAUCAUCCCCAUCCCAGAAGCUAACAUCGUACCCUCCACCUGGGUUGGAGAGCUAUACUGCCGGAUCCUCUAUACAUCCUUCUUCAUGUGGCUCUCUGUCAGUGUGUCCAUAUUUACCCUGACAACCAUAUCCAUAGAGCGCUUCGUUGCAGUCUUGUUUCCCAUCAAGUUCAACCGCAUUCUGCGAAAGCAUCACGUUGUCCUCGCCAUAUUGCUGAUCUGGCUGGCAGCCAUUGUCGCAGAUAGCUUCAUCCCACUUUCUAUAUCCGUAGACCCAAACACACAAUCCUGCAUUUACUCUUACUCGUCCGAGCUAGCUGCAGAGGUUGCCGGAGUUACGUCCUUUCUUCUCCAUUUCCUGUUCCCGUCGCUCAUCAUGCUGGGCACACAAGCAAUCACCGCUCACGCCCUCUAUCGACAAGCUCUAUUCUUCGGGAAAGGUGGCGUCGAAAGUGGGGCUCGCUCAACCUCCUCUUACCGCCUCCUUAAAGCCAAGAACCGUGUGAUAAAGCUUCUCCUGAUAGUGAUAAUCAUCUUCAUAGUCUGUUGGGGACCCAACAGCAUAGGGUACUUCCUGUUUAACGUCGGGGUGAUAGAUUACACGUACCUUUACGGUGAUCUUAAUCGCAUCCUGACAUUGUUAGCCUUCUGCAACUCCUGCGCAAACCCUUUCAUCUACACCAUCCAAUACCCACAGUUCCGAGUAGCCAUCAAAGAGCUGUUCACUGGCUCGAUGUCGUCGUUUGGGGCGCUCUUCGAAGGGUUCGUGGAAUCUCCAAACUUAAACAAUUCAGCGGCCUCCUAUGAAGAUAAGAACAAUACACAGAUGACAGCCAUUCCUGUACAGUCAGUGGCUGAAUAAUUCUGGACACCUUCAUACCAAUAUUCAUCAGUCAACGAAUCAACCAAAAGUCACCAAACUGAUUGGGAAGUUUUCGCUCGAUCCCGCUACGCAAGAUGGAUUACAAUAUACAGUUAAAUUAUUUAAAAUGCCCGUCUUAACGACAAUGAACAGCUGGGAGGCUGUUGUCGAAAAUUCGUGAAUCAAAACAACAGUUUCGUCUUAAAUUCUGGACAAACAACAUCUUUGUAAUUUGUUGUCAGCUCCGGAACUAAGGACGACAUUGCUAUUCCGGUUUACCAAUAUUAAGUUGUUUGACGGUAUUUUCAAUGCAUUAAUUGUGUUCUUGCGAAAACUCCCUAAUAUCCAACAGUCAACCAAUAAACCAAAAGUCACAAAAAUGAAUCUCCUUAAUUUCCAUGACACAGCGGACUUCUGAAUUCAUAUUAGGUCUCCUGUAAAUUCUCUAGGUACAACGCCAACUAUGGAGCUAAUAGAGGCCUGGGGUGUUUCACAAGGAUUUAAGUAUGACUUAAGUCGCACUUAAAAGCCGAUGCGUAUCUCAAAUGCAACGCGCAAUCUAAUUUAUCAAUAAGCAGUAGUGCGAGUCCUCUUUGCAUGAUCUGACCAAUGCGGUCUCGCCUUUUUUUACCGCACGCAACUAGGCAUUAAAGUGCGACUCUAAGUCAUACUUAAAUCUUUGUGGAACACCCCCCUGGUCUCACUGGCCGACGGACACAAAACGUAUUCAUAACGGAUACAGCGCACAAGCAAAAUGGGCGAACAAUGAAAUCACAGUGGACGGCUGCUCGAUGGAUUUAUAGAGCGUAUGAAACGCGUAUGUAAGAGUACAUAACCAUGAUAACGGAAACAUAACGUUUCCUUACGGAUGGCAAGAUUCAUUUCCGUUAAACAUCCUCUGUGCAUCCGUAAUUGCAAUGGAACCAGCUUUAAAAAGUGUAUUAACAAGGAUAGUUCUAACAUGCUGAACGAUCUGUCUAUAUUGUUAUCUCUAUUGUUAUUAUCUAUAUUGCUCUUUCUUGUUUCCACAUCGUCAAUUAUUAGUCGGUUCCUAAUAUCCUGGUCACAUUUGCUCUACGGCGGCCGUACGGCGAGUUGAAAACAGCCGUUUUAUUCAUUUUUAUUCAAGCCACCGGUAUGUAGAUGGUAACAAAAAAACCCGGUUGUUUUCGACUCGCCGUACGGCCGCCGUAGAACAAAUGUGACCGAGGUCUCAGACUGUUGUAUAUAUACCAUGUUUGUCAUGUGCUCUAGCUUGUCGAUCGUCAAGGUGAUAUCUUCAGAUUAAAGAUUUCAGGGGAGCGUUUCAUGAAAGGACUUGUCGGACGUUUUAUCCGACAAGUCCUGUUUUAUCCGACAGUAACUAUAGUAACAGUGCUUCUCAACCAAUCAGAAUCCAGGAAAGUUGUCAGAUCUGACAACUUGUCGGACGAAAAUAUUGAUGAAACGCCCCCCUGAUUUCCAGGCCUUGUAACAAUACAGAUGUUUUGCUCCCCGGCACACGAUGGAUUCAAGAAAUCAGUACGCGUCGUGUAGACCAGUUCGUAGUUACUUCAUGGGCAAUUUCGGUCAAAUUACCUUUUAUUUCUUUAAUUCAUUAUGACAGGCAGAUUUCAAAGCAAGAUAUUAUACAAGCACGCCUUACAUAGCAGGAUGUAGAAAUUUCAUAGACCAGGGACCCGUAGCACAAAGCUUAGCAAUGAUCGUAGAACAUUUUCUAACUAUUGAUUGCAUUGACUACAAUGUACAAUCAAUCGUGAAAAUCAAGCAUACGAUUAAUCGCUAACCUUUGUGUUACGUGAAAAUCAAGCAUACGAUUAAUCGCUGACCUUUGUGUUACGGUUACUACAAUAGCACACCAAUGACACUAUAUGUAGGUAUAUGUUGCAUUUCUAAUUUGAUUGUAUUAGCAUGUUGUUAUAGCAAUGUACUUAGCCAACUAUGAAAUGCCAGUCGCUAGAGGACGCAUUGAUGCUGUUUUUUUUUUAAUUGGGGGGGGGGGGGGGUGUAGUGAAAAACACAAUUCAAAAGAAUAUAGAAUAUAGAAUUUUCGACAAAGACUUGGUUGUGCUUGGACAUGAAGGGAAUGCAUUAUAGGCCUAUUUUGACAAUAAAUUGUUUAUAUUCUUGAAUCCAUCGUGCGCUGUGAUUAAGGGAAAACUCCUUGAUGACUAUGGCUAAAUAGUUUUUCGGUCAUGAUACUAAGCCUAUAUUUUAGUUACCACCUUUUCACACGAUAAGAAAAAAAAAUCUUAAAUUGAAUGAUGAUUCUAGUUAAAAAUAAGGCUAAUGACGAAUUUUUAGCACGCGUGAAACCAAGCUAGAAAUACGAACGCUAAUCACAAUAACGAAUUCAAGUUCUACCCCGGAGGUGAAUUCCAGUCAAGUUUCGCUCAAAUUACGGUACGAAUUUUACGUGUGAAAGGCUUAAACUCCAAAAUAUCUUUUGGGGGAGGAGCUUACGUGUCCUUUCAAGCACUUCCGUAGAUAAUACAAUAUUGUCAUGCACUCGCCGUAUCGAUGCAGUGCUUUGAUUGACAAGUCACCAAGGACACAUACCGCCUUCGCUCGGGAAUUCGAAUUAAAAUCAAAGUUUUCGAGUGAGCGUGUGAAAGGUCCGAUGAUUCUAAAGACGAAUUGCAAUCAUCAAUACAAUGAUGAUUCAAGAUUCACGUGUGAAAAGGCCCUUAGUUACAUGAGGCAUAACAUUCUAGAAAUUUAAAUUAUGUGCAUGCCCGCCUUCUCACUUAUACCGUGUUUACACAAUGACUCGGCUCGGCGGUUCGACACGCGAGCUGUGCUCAACACGGCAACUUUAUGCUGUGUAAACGCGAUCAGUGUGAUCCGCGAGCCGUAUCGAACACGGCUUUUUUGAUCCGCUAAAAUCGUAGGUUUUAACCCGCGAGCCGAGUCAGACUCGCUUAUUUUUUCGUGUGUAAACCAGAAAGCUGUGUCGAACCCGCUUGGCCGAGGUCAAACACGGCAUAUUUGUGAGUUCUAUUCUAGUUCCGUUCGUGAUCCGCGGGCCGUGUCGAACUCGCCUUUAUUUGUUUCAGUAUAAACGCAAUCGCAGUUGCCGUCUUCGCAGCGUUCGACCCUGCUUGAGGAUUCAACACUCGAGCCGAGUCGUGUGUAAACAUGGUGAUAGAUGCAUUUGGCUCAAGCAACUUUGCUAUGGCUGGCCCACCUGGAUAAUCAUUUGAGCUAAUAACAGAAUUUUAGUUGUAAAAUAUUUUUUUAUCGUGUCCUUGUAAUAUGAUGAAAACUGUCACGUGUAUUUAUUCAAUAAAUAUUUUAAACUAUUUGAAUUAUACUUUUGAGACUGUUGAUUUGUUGAUAUUUAUGCAAUUCAACACCAACUGCUGGCAAGGAACCAGAUGGGGUGUGCGAGGGUGUUUCACAAAGAGGCGAUGUGACUUAGAGGUUCCAUGACAUUUGCUCCGGCGACAAUUGCUCCGAUGGAAAAUCUAAAAAUAAAAUCCCACCUCCAA